AAAGCACCCAUCAGUACUCCAACAGUCGGACUUGGCGCAGAACAAUUUACAAAAGAGACAAAAGAGUUUUCUGACGAAGGAGAAUAGUGUCUCAUGCUCGCUCCGUUUGUCGUUAGUCAGAGGAUAUUGGUCACAGUGGACAAGUUGGACCCAAAUGUGUCGCUCCGGAAACCAGGCUAGAUCCAGGACUUGCGUAAAUCCUCUGCCUGAGAGUGGAUUGGAACCGUUCUGUGAUGACGUGGCAGACACUGAGAGGCGGAGCUGUUUGGGAUCCAAUGGCAGCUUGUGGACGGGAUCCAACUCUUCCAGUGCUUCACCGAUGUCAACCAUUGCCAUGCCAUCUACUCUUUCUAGUGGCAUUAUUUCGUCAAGUCAAUAUGGUGUCACACUGUCGCCGAGUCCAGCCAGUGGUGUGCUAUCUUCAAGUCAGAUCCUUGUUGCACUGUCUUCAAGUCAAACUGAUACUACCGUACCCUCAAAUCUCCGUAGUGUCACUCCAUCUUCCAGCCAGUCCCGCAUCACACUCCCUUUAAGUCAGCUUCUCGUCACACCAUUUACAACAAUAACGACACUCCAAGAAACAAUCCAAAGGUUGUUCAAGGGAACAACUUCUAACGCAGUGGAAGCAUUUCAAAUAUUAAAUAGUUCCAUUCCCUUUGACGGAACUACUUCACGUCCUUACUAUGCCAACAGUGCAACUGACUCGACUAUAGUUGAGACGAAUAUACCAACUUUGAUAAGGGAUCAAACUUUGUCCCUUUUCCUAACACAAUCUAAGUCGCCUUUUCACAAAUCCGUGUCAUUGAAUAGCAAGUUAAUGGCAAACACCGUUGGCCAAGCCAGUCACAAUCUUGCAAGUACAUCAAGUCUCACAAGUGGCAAUUUUACUUCUGUGAUUUCACCAACAAUUUUUCAACUCCACCAGUCUGCUGAAAUUUCUCGUGCAGUUCCUGCCAUGAGCGGAAACAGCUUCCAAGCUACUGUUGGUUUGUCCACAAAAACAAGUGCUUCCCGAAAAUCGCUAUUAUCAGUGACAGGAGACAUACCACUCUCUCGGGUUACGUCGUUGACUAUUUCCCGGAGUUCCACAAAUGAAAAGUCAAGCCUCAGCAACGUAUCCUACGAGGAUUCGUUGGUUACAGACACACCUAUCGGUACAUUAACCAUCAACAGUCUUCAUCACGAAACCAUGCAGAAGACGCGAUACAUUAGCUUACAUAGCAUUGCUAAUAUCCCCAGUCAAACCAGCCUGACAGGCAUAGCGUCACAGGCAGCUGAUUCUAUUUAUUCAACAUCAACAGCAUCGAUAUCGAGCUGCCAUCAAAGUGUACCGUCAUCAUCGGACUCAUGGAAUUACCAUCUCCAUUCCAAUUCAAAGAGUAGCAGUUCAAAAGCCUACUGCAGUACAUCUGUAGAUUACAGGAUCACAGACCCACUUGGUACCCAAAGUGUUCCAAUUUGGAAUAGGUCAACAAUAGCCAUUGUAAGCUUUAGCGGAAAAACAACCUUGAUCAGCGAUAAGUUCUCUUCGUUAUCGAGGACUUCAGAUUAUUCAACAACUUCCACUCUUGGAAGCACUUUACGUGGGAAGCAUAUCAUGGGCGUCAGCCCGUCCAAUAACAUAUAUCCGUCUCCAGCAUCUUACACAAGACUUUCAACUCAAAUGUCUAUUGACAGUUAUACUGAACCACAUCAGCAGCAUGUCACUUCUAUUUAUAAAGUGCAAGUCACGCCGACCGGAGCCACUCCCAUGUGUUGUGGAUCAACCAGGUCUGACGACACUGUUAUGUUUCAAGCACAUAGACAAAGUUCUCGCAACUCAUCCAAGACUAUAACAGAUUCGCUGAUGAGAACUGCAAAGGGAGCUGCGUAUACCUUUAACAGUGUAUCCAGCGAUCCAACACGAGGAAGAAGUGCUCGCGAAUUAUCAGCGACCCUGCAAAUGGAUUCACUUAGAACAGUGAAGGGAUCCUACAGUAAAUCCAUAGAGCAUACACAUGGACAAAAUAUUCCUUACCCAUCAACUACUCUGCAAAUGGAUUCCCUUAGAACGGGGAAAGAAACUUACAGUACAUCCCUAGAAAUUACACAUGGACAAAAUACUCCUGACAGAUCAACGACAGUGCAAAUGGAUUCCCUUAGAACAGUGAAGGAAACUUACGGUACAUCCACAGAAAUUGCACAAGGACAAAACGUUCGCGACCCAUCAGCGACUCUGCAAAUGGAUUCCCUUAGAACAGUGAAGGGAACAUACAGUGCAUACGUAGAUCAAACACAUGGACAAAAUACUCUCGAUCCAUCAUCGACUCUGCAAAUCGAUUCCCUUAGAACAGUGAAGGGAACAUAUGGUGCAUACAUAGAUCAAACACGUGAACAAAGUACUCGCAGCUUAUCAAAGUCUCCACGAAUGGAUUCUCUCAUUAUCAGAACAGCAAAGGGAAGCACAGAAUACGGUGUGUCCACUGUACAGGGUAGUUUCGUUGCUGUCGAACAGUCGGAAAAGGCGAGCAAUUUUCAAGGACAGUCACAAGUAUCAUCUUUUCAAGUUCAACCAUCAUUUUCAAGUUUAUCUCCUACUAUAUCACCAUCGCACACAGCUCCAAGUCAUCCAACGGAUGGUUCGGUUACGCCAACGGCAUAUCAGUUUCCUUGGCACCUGACCCCGUUUCUGGUCAUCAUAUUUGUCGUCAUUGUGGUUCUCUUUACGUACUAUCUUCGCGUUCCCGACAUUGUCGAUGCCCUCGUACUCGCGAUCAAGGAGAAGAGACGCCAAAUGAAUGCAUCGAAAGCAGACAACCAGAGCCUCAACUUGACAAAGGGGAACUUCUCCACCGAAGGAUUCAAAACAUCACUUUUCCACUCUUACCAGAGAGAAGUGUUCUACGAGGAGGGCGGGUUAAACUAUGCCUUUUUUGAGAUGGAGGCGACAAAAGCCAUCGAGUUUUCUGUGCACCUCGACGAUGAGGAAAAUCAAAACUCCGGAUCUGAAGAAUCUGUAGAAAUUUCAUGUGAAAUUGAGGAAGAAACGUUUGAUAAAAAACACGGGCAUGACACACUGAGUGAAAUGUUUGAUACCAGUGGCACUGAAAUAUUGAGGAAAAGAAACACUGAAGAAAAUCUUCCCACCGCCAACACGAGAAGGAAUGGCAGAAUCUAUUUUCACGAUUCACCAGCUUCUUAUGAAAUAUAAGACACAUCUGCUUAAGACUACAAGCUGCAAAGUCCGAACAGGUGAAAAAAAUAAGAUUGACAACUCGCAAGGUAAUAUUUACGAACAUUUUCAUCGAAAGUACAUUUCCGAGAAUGACAUGACCAUAAAACGUUGCACUUUCGUAUAAAGCUGUAUACUUUCGUGAGAUAUCGAUAGUUUUAAGCCAUGAGAAGCCUUUUUUAAUUUUACGCAGGUAACAAAACUCGAGGGCUAUUAAAUAGCUUUUGCGCUGCUUGAAUAACGAUAGCCUCUUCCAGGCGU